CCCCCUCCUCCCUUAUGUUGUGACAUAAAAGCAGCUCUGACCACCCUCCUCUCACUCCUCUCAGUCCUCUCAUUCCUUUCAGCAGCAACACAGAUCAUCAUGAACUCCUUCUCCGGACGUGGCUACUUGACCCCUGGCGGAGGCCGCAUGGGCAGCAUGAGGGCCGGCAGCGUGUACGGCGGUGCCGGGGGAUCUGGGGUGCGCAUCUCCCGCUCCAACGCCCCCAGCAACUUCUCUGCUGCCGGCAGCGGCGGCUUCAACCUGUCUGAUGCCAUCGACGUGUCGACCAACGAGAAAGGCACCAUGCAGAACCUGAACAGCCGUCUGGGCACCUACCUGGAGAAGGUGCGCUCUCUGGAGAAGGCCAACGCAGACCUCGAGCUGAAGAUCAGACAGUUCCUGGAGAACAAGACCAAGCCCGAAACUCACGACUGCUCCAUCUUCAAGGCCGUCAUUGAUGAUCUCCAAAGCCAGAUCGUUGAUGCAGCAUGUCUGAAUGGAGGAAUUUACCUGGCCGUCGACAAUGCUAAACUGGCAGCAGAUGACUUCAAAAUCAAGUUUGAGAACGAGCUGUCCAUGAGGCAGUCGGUGGAGGCUGACAUCGCCGGGCUGCGGAAGGUUCUGGACGAGCUGACGAUGGGCAGGUCGGACCUGGAGAUGCAGAUCGAGGGACUGAGGGAGGAGCUCAUCCACCUCCGGAGGAACCACGAGGAGGAGCUCCUGGCCAUCCGGUCCCAGGUGAGCGGCCAGGUUCACGUGGAGGUGGAUGCCGCGCCCCAGGAGGACCUCAACGCAGUCAUGGCUGGAAUCCGUGAGCACUACGAAACCGUCGCUAACAAGAACCGCAGAGAUCUGGAGACCUGGUUCCAGGCCAAGACGGACGAAAUCAAUAAGGAAGUGGCUGUCAGUUCAGAAACUCUCCAGACAUCCCGGUCUGAAGUGUCUGAAGUCAAGCGCACCCUGCAGAGUCUACAGAUCGAACUCCAAUCAGAACUGAGCAUGAAAGCAUCUCUGGAGGGCACCCUGGCUGAGACACAGGACAGAUACAACAUGAUGCUGUCUGGCUACCAGAGGCAGGUGAGCAGCCUGGAGGAUCAACUUUCCCAGCUCAGGGCUAACCUGGAGCGUCAGGGCCAGGAGUACAAGAGACUGCUGGACAUCAAGACCCGGCUGGAGAUGGAGAUCGCAGAGUACAGGAGGCUCCUGGACGGGGAGGUUUACAGUCCCUCCAGCACCACGACACGCAAGGUUGUGACCAUCGUUCAGGAGAUCGUGGACGGAGAAGUUGUUAGCACAGAAACUAGCUAGUGAAAUACUUCUACCACGCCAAAGACUGUCUCAUCAGUAGUCUCAAGAGCUAGUGUCUUUUCUCUGAGAAUUUACGUUAUAAAGGCCCUCUGAGGAAAUGUCUUAA